CGACGUCAAGUAGAGGCUACGUCGUCGGAGAAGACAAGAGGACCAAAUGACAAACAUGAUGUUUAUGUUGAUUGAAUGGGUUGAAGAUCCCCCAACCUGGGAUGUAUUGCCUGUAAAGAAGGUCAUUUACGGCGAAAUCGAGAGAGCAGAAACACCUUGCUAAAAGCACUGGGAAAACUGGAGAGAGACCGGGCAGGAGGCCCAACAACAGCACCCAGGCCAAGCGGCCAGGGUCAGAGGGAGAAGCGCCCCCCUGCACCAUACUCACCUGGUGGCAUCACCAGUGACAAGGAUGAGUGUGUCCCCAUGAAACGCAAGAAGAAGGAAAGGGAGUCCUUUUCUAACGGAAUACCAUGUAAGUGUACAGACAUUUUGUUUGUGGUUUUUCAGAGCUGUAGCCUAUGUGGACUAUUUUUUGUGUCAUAUGGUUACAGUGUUUUCUAACGUAUGUGGUUCUGUCCUACUCUCCACCCCACAGGCCGGUCUGGGAAAGUCCUCUGGCGAUUCAGUAAGUGAACUCGCAAUGGUUUUCAGCGCAAAUCGUGCAGCCAGCUUGAUGAGAUCUACAAUAUAUUAAUUGAUAUGAACCACAGAAUUAGCAGGCUGGAGAAAAAUAUAAUUACAAUGGGUAUUAUUUUUUUCAUGUUAUUGUACAGACCACAAAACGCCUAUGCCAGCAGGAGCGUCAGUACCACCAACAGUGCAACACACACUGGCUGCACCAACAACACCAGUGCGCCAACCAGCACCACCAGCACAAGUGCGCCAACCAGCACCACCAGCACCAACUCCCCCAUCAGCAAGUGCAACUACCAUCUGCAGCACCAACAACACAGAUGUUCAUAUAGGACCUUCCACUUCAAUAACCCAGCUUCAAUAUGGUUCAGUCAAGUGGUUUAAUGCUAAAAAGGCCACGAAGGACCUUCUUCUGGCCGUGUUUGCGAGGAGCAUACUUGCCAGCCACUCCUACACUGGCAAACAGUCCAAUGCUUUCCGGACUAAAGCAGCUAAACCCCAGCUUAACCCGGUCAAAGUAAGCGACAUUAUAAAUUACAUCACUAAACGAUUUGGGGUCGACCAGUUGGAGGUAAAGAAGGCCAUCUCCGAGAAAUGUGCGGAUCAGGAAAAGAUGGAGAAGAGGCGGACACAUUGACUGACACACACGCACACUGAU